UAUCCUGAAUCAUAUCAGCUGUGUUUGUCCGUAUGAGAUCCCAUAUGGAGUGGGGAAAAGGCUCACAAGAUUCUCUCCUCCCCAAGGAUAUAAUAAGUAACAGCAAUCUCUUGGAGGAGGAGACUCUUCGAUGGCGGUGUUGUACUCCAGUAGUGAGACGUGUCUGAAUCGUCACCUGGGAUGUGGCUGCCUAAGUCACAUUGGCUCAUAUUGUGUCCUACCAGGGUUGUAAGGCAAGCUCCCUUAGAACAGUCACAUCCACCAUGGAAAAACGGGAGGCGUUCAUCCAAGCAGUAUCUAAGGUGCUGGUGGAAGAGUUUCUGCAGUUUCUUCAACUUGAUAAAGAUCCUUCUGAUCCUUUCAGCUUAAGUGAGUUACUAGAUGAAUUGUCAAGGAAGCAGAAAGAAGAAUUAUGGCAAAGGCUGAAAGACUUGCUAACAGAAACAUUGCUGGAAAGCCCUGUGGAUGGGUGGCUGACAGCGGAAGUCCAGGGCGCAGACGAUAUGGAGUCAGAGCACAGUCCAAAGAUGAAAAAGAGCAUAGAAAUAACAUAUGCAAUUGUUACUGUAAUUCUUGCUUCUGUAUCUAUAAUAAAUGAACAUGAGAACUAUGGCGCCCUCCUGGAGUGUGCUGUGAUACUGAAUGGUAUUUUAUAUGCAUUACCUGAAUCUGAACAAAAACUCCAGAACUCUAUUCAGGAUCUGUGUGUCAAAUGGUGGGAAAGGGGCCUUCCUGCCAAGGAGGACAUGGGAAAGACUGCGUUUGUCAUGCUGCUGAGGAAGAGUCUGGAGACCAAAACAGGUGCAGACAUGUGUAGGCUGUGGCGCAUCCACCAGGCUCUGUACUGCUUUGACUACGAUUUGGAGGAGAGUAGAGAAAUUAAAGAUAUGCUGCUCCAGUGCUUCAUAAACGUUAAUUGCAUCAAGAAGGAGGAGGGAAGAAGAUUUCUUAGUUAUCUCUUCAGUUGGAAUAUAGACUUUAUUAAAAUGAUCCAUGACACCAUUAAAAAUCAGUUACCUGGAUUACAAAAGUCUUUGAUGGUACACAUUGCAGAAAUUUAUUUCAGAGCUUGGAAAAAGGCUUCAGGAAAAAUACUGGAGACCAUUGAAAAUGACUGCAUCCAGGACUUCAUGUUCCACGGCAUCCACCUUCCACGGAGGUCUCCAGUGCACUCCAAAGUUCGAGAGGUGUUGAGUUACUUUCACCAGCAGAAAGUCCGUCAGGGAGUGGAAGAGAUGCUGUAUAGGUUAUAUAAGCCCAUCCUGUGGAGAGGACUAAAGGCCAGAAAUUCUGAAGUUCGAUCAAAUGCUGCAUUGUUGUUUGUUGAAGCAUUUCCUGUUAGAGAUCCAAACUUCAUUGCCACUGAGAUGGACAGUGAAAUUCAGAAGCAGUUUGAAGAACUCUAUAGCCUUUUAGAAGAUCCUUAUCCAUGGGUCCGUUCCACAGGCAUUCUUGGUGUUUGUAAAAUAACUUCUAAAUAUUGGGAAAUGAUGCCCCCCACCAUUCUUGUUGACCUCUUGAAGAAAGUCACAGGGGAGCUGGCAUUUGAUAUAAGCUCAGCUGAUGUUCGGUGUUCUGUUUUUAAGUGUUUGCCAAUUAUUUUGGAUAACAAACUGAGCCACCCAUUAUUAGAACAGCUUUUGCCAUCGCUCAGGUACAGUCUCCAUGAUAACGCAGAGAAAGUGCGGGUGGCUUUUGUGGAUUUGCUGCUGAAGGUCAAGGCUGUGAGAGCUGCAAAGUUUUGGAAAAUAUGCCCAAUGGAGGACAUUUUGGUUCGCCUGGAAAUGGAUUCUCGGCCUGUGUCUCGGCGCCUGGUGAGCCUCAUCUUCAACUCUUUUCUGCCCGUCAACCAGCCAGAGGAGGUGUGGUGUGAGCGCUGUGUUACCCUGAUCCAGAUGAACCGUGCAGCUGCCAGGAGGUUCUAUCAGUACGCCCAUGAGCACACCGCCAGCACCAACAUAGCAAAGCUCAUCCAUGUCAUCCGUCACUGCUUGAACGCCUGUAUCCAGAGGACCCUGAGAGAGGGCGCAGAGACCCAUAAGGAGUGCGAGAAGGAGAACGCCAGUGUACUAGACAAAACGUUGUCAGUGAAUGACACUGCGUCCAUGGCAGGUUUGCUAGAAAUCAUCGUGAUCCUCUGGAAGAAUAUCCAUAGGAGUCUGGAAAACAAUAAAGAGGCCAAAGUUUAUACCAUUAACAAGUUUGCAUCUGUGCUUCCAGAGUACCUGAAGGUAUUCAAGGAUGAGCGCUGCAAGAUCCCUUUGUUCAUGCUAAUGUCCUUCUUGCCAGCCUCUGCUGUCCCUGUGUUCAGCUGUGGUGUGAUUUCUGCUCUGAGAAAUCAGGAGGAGAGUGUUACAGGCAGGAGCUACUGUACCUUGCUCGAUUGUCUCUGUUCCUGGGGGCAAGUGGGGCAUGUCCUGGAGCUCAUUGUGGACUGGCUGCCUACAGUGCCACCGCAAGCCAAGAGUAAUUUGGCCUCUAAACGAAAAGUGCAAAUCAAUGACACGUGCUCAGUGAAACCUAAGUUAGCAUUGUUGUACAUGGAGUACUUGCUAACCCAUCCAAAGAAUCGAGAGUGUCUGCUCUCUGCACCCCAGAAGAAACUGAACCAGCUUUUAAAAGCACUUGAGGGAUCCAAGGCAGAUCUGGAAUCAUUGCUUCAGUCUCCAAGUGGGAAUCCCCUUAACAAAGCCACUGCCCUGCAUGCCUUUGGUCUGUACUGUAGGAUGAGCGUCCAUCUUCAGUACAAGUUCUGCUCAGAAGAGAAAAUUCAUCUGUCCAUCCUGAGUGACACUGGGUCUUGGUUAGAAAACAAAGUUUUACCUCUUCUUGAAGACCAAGAAGAGGAGUAUCUGAAGCUUCAGAGGGAUGUUUAUCAACAGAUAAUCCAGACUUACCUGGCUGUGUGUAAAGAUGCUGUCAUGGUGGGACUUGGAGAUCCUAAAUUUCAGGUGCAGCUUCUACAGCGGAGUUUUGGAAUAAUGAAAACAGUGAAGGAAUUUUUUUAUGUUUCAUUACUUCUUGGCAUUCUGAAGGAGAUAGCUGGGAACUCCGUGAUUUACAAAACAGAUUCAGAUGAGAAGGUCACAGUGCUGUUUGACUUAGUCCAGGAGGUGUUUCAGAAGAUGUUGGAAUGUGUUGCCUGUGUCUUCAGGAAGCAGCCUGAGGAAAGUCUGCAGCUCUUUCAUUCUGUUCAGACCCCUCUUCAUGAAUUUAUCACCACUAUCCAGUCCUGGCACCAGGACACUGCAGUGCAUCACGCUGUGCUCUCUACUCUGAUCGCUGCACCAGUGGUUGAGAUAAGUCACCAGCUACAGAAGGUUUCUGAUGUAGAAGAGCUGACCUCACCACAAUGUCUUGCUGACCUUCCUCCAUUUUCAAGGAGUUUAAUGGGAGUAAUAAUGAAGUCUUCGGAUGUGGUCAGGUCAUUUUUGGAUGAACUAAAGACAUGCGUAACUUCCGGUGACAUUGAAGGCAUUGUGUGCCUCACAGCUGUUCUGCAUAUUAUUUUGGUUUUUAACAGAGGUAAACAUGUAAGUGCAAAGGUGCAGGAAGUGGCAGCAUCCGUGAACAGAAAGCUGAAGACCUUUAUGGAGAUCACUUUGGAAGAGGAUAGCCUUGAAAGAUUCCUAUAUGAGUCAUCAAUGAGAACUUUGGGAGAAUUUCUGAAUUCAUGACAAAACCACCAUCUCUGGGUGUGUAGAAAUAGAGAAAAAGACUCAUGAAAGUGUAAUGUGUGUAUAUCUUCCUUGCUUUUAUUUUUUUUUUUUCGUCAGACUAAACGUGUAGUCCUGAGUCUGUAAGGACCAUAGCAGGUCUGUCGGUACCCAAAGAUGGAGACCAGUGCAGCACUGGUCUCUACCAUACACCUGUGCCUUUAACCAGCUUGCAGAGAUGGAGAGUACAAAAUGGUGCGAGAGAAAGACUGUCAAGCAGCCCACCACUCCUCUCCAGAAGACCCAGCAAAGCUUACGAGAACUGUGGCGGGGGCAACUCUUACGUUCAUUGGCCUGUGACUUAUCCAUUAUUUAUUAUUUGUUGUGAAAUUCUCCUGGAACAGAUUUCUCUGGCCUUUCCGCAGGGCUAUCAUUAGCCCGCACAGGACCUUUCUUCAAAUGACGAAAAGAAUCACUUCAUCAGAAUAUUUUACUGCCAUCUGUUGUACAGUUGUAAUAAACACACAGAGUAUGUAGAGCGGA